UACACUAAGAUGAAGACAGCCACCAACAUCUACAUAUUUAACCUGGCUCUGGCUGACUCCCUGGUCCUUGCUACCUUACCCUUCCAGGGAACAGACCUGUUCCUGGGCUUCUGGCCGUUCGGUAACGCCCUCUGCAAGGCCGUGGUCUCCAUCGACUACUACAACAUGUUCACCAGCACCUUUACUCUGACCGUGAUGAGCAUGGAUCGCUACGUGGCCGUGUGCCAUCCGGUCAAGGCCCUGGACAUGAGGACGCCCCACAAGGCCAAAGUGGUCAACAUCUGUGUGUGGGUCCUGGCGUCGGCGAUAGGGGUACCGGCCAUGGUGUUGGGAGAUGUGGAGGUUGAACAUAACAGUGUAGAGUGUAUCGUAGUCCUCCCAGACCCUCGUAGCUACUGGGACCCGGUGUUCGGCACCUGCGUUUUCCUGUUUUCCUUCCUCAUCCCAGUGGCCAUCAUCAGUGUCUGCUACAGCCUGAUGGUGAAGCGCCUUCGCAGCGUCCGCAUCCUGUCCGGCUCCAAGGAGAAGGACCGCAACCUGCACCGCAUCACCCGCAUGGUCCUGGUCGUAGUGGCAGCCUUCGUGGUCUGUUGGACCCCAGUCCAGAUCAUGGCUCUGGCCCAGUCAUUGGGCUUCAACCUGAGUAGCCUCCUCACCAUGGCCCUGAUGCACUUCUGUAUUGCGCUGGGCUACGUCAACAGCAGUCUUAACCCAGUCCUCUACGCCUUCCUGGACGAGAACUUCAAGAGGUGCUUCAGGGAGUUCUGCCACCCGGGUCCAUUCCGCCUGGACAGCCGGCAGCAGUCAGGUCGGAUGAGGAGCAUCGCCCGCGAGGUGGCUUACAAUUGCAAGACGGCGGAUGGGAAUACAAAUCCCGCAUGACUAGGCGUGGAGCUGCCCUUGGUCUGCCAGGAACCCCAGAACAACCACCACCAAAGGACAGGGAACUCCAACAUGGAGCUCACCCAGAUCACUACCCUCUAGCAGGAUGACGGCCCCAUGGGCUGGGGCCAAACGGGGAAAGGCCAAGGAAGAGGACCGGAGGUGGCCCAAGGCAGGGGCACUGUCCGAAUGGCCUGGUUGGGGCCAGAUCUGGGCCGGAGCUGUUUGGAGGCCUAACAGCAGGGUUGGGUAGUCUAACAGACCUUCUACUAGGGACUAAGGGGCUUCUCUGUGUCUUUAGGGAACAUGGAUGUUAUUAACAUGUAUGUCAUGUUGUCUUUAUUUAAUUGGUUUAAUCAUUUUCAGGACGAUUAAGUUCAGAGUUUAGGUCUAUGUGCUUCAUGGACAAUUUACGCGAAUGUCAACAGUUUUUGCUCACACUUAUCUCAACUCUGCGUCUGUUGAUUGGUUGAUUAAUUAUGUUGUCGUGGUCAUUUUUUAAAUGUUUGUUUUAUAGAUGCUUUUUUGUUUGUUUCUAUGCUGUAGGUAAUUACUUUAAGUGGAUGUUAUUAGUUUAUUUCUGUUUUAUAUUGUUCGAGAGAAACAAUUUGUCUUAUUCCAUGGCCUUAAAUACCAAACAAAGUCUGUAUAAAUACUAUCCACUAUCCUGGGAUAAAGUGUGUCAGUUCUUGAUGGUGCUGUACUGUAACUUUCCUUGUUUUGUAUCACCUUGCAGGUGUUGUGUAGGAACGGACAACACAUCACAACAGAGACUUGCUUGUUGAAGCCUUUAUUAUUCAUUGUUAUGAUGAAAUAAUCGCAGAUGAUGAUGCUCCGCGUUUUUCUGCUUGUCGUCCUGUAAAAAUGAAGCAAAUAUAUUUUGUACUAUUAUUUGUUUGAAUCCAGGCUAUAUCACAUCUGGCCGUGAUUGGGAGUCCCAUAGAACGGCGUUGUCCAGGUUUGGACGGUGUA